AAUCUAGUAUCCACUUUACCCUAAUCUCACCAUCUUUCCCUUCCCACUUGAGCUCCUUGUAUAGCAGAGCAAGAGUGACAUGUUGUCGACGACCUCCGCUCGCUCGCGUGGCCCAUCGCCCUCACGCUCGUGCGCACCCUAUCGGCUGACAGCAUUCUUGUGCUGACUACAGGACUGGUUAUGAUCUCUUCCACCGUGCUUGACCGCGUUUUGGCCCUUUGCAUUUCAUCCCACGCUUCUCUGGACCUCAUCUAUGCCGCAUACUCACAUCAUGGCGUCACAUUGCUCGUUCAUUACCUCGUUGCACCCUUCGAUUCCCCUCGGGGAUGCUGAUGCUUUUCUCGAACGGAUCGUGGCAAACACUUGAUCUCGUUUGAUCUUCCUUGCUCCGUAAUCGAAUCGUGGCAUGUUUCUCUGACUCCACCAUGAAUCGCAACGGCAACGCGACCCGAAACCGACCUCCCAUCCGCUCCAGCGCGCUCUCCGGCUCCGCGUCGUUCUCCCCCGAGGAGGCCGUCGACGCUGGCGAGCACCCCGUCUUCCAUGCCGGACGCGUCGCCGUCAUCACGGGCGCCGCGAGUGGUAUCGGCGCAGCAGCAGCGCGCGCAUUCGCCGCUCUGGGCAUGAAAGUCGCGCUCGCGGACCUUCCGUCCUCCAUCGACGCCUUGAACGCCGUCGCUGCGACCCUGAUCGCGCAGGUCGGCGAAGCCAAUGUCCUCGUCGUCCCGACGGAUGUCAGUGUUGUUGCCGACGUGCAGAAGCUCCGGGAAACGGUGUACGAGGCGUGGAGCGAAGUCGGGGUGCUGCUCAACAACGCUGGCAUCUUUGGCACCGCCGAUGGUGUCAAAGGCACCUCCUGGGAAGGUCUGGAUGCGUGGCACAAGGUCUUUGACGUGAACGUGUUUGGUGUGGUGAACGUUCAACAAGUCUUCGUCCCUGCCAUGCUUCACCAGGAGAAUCGUGCAAUGAUCAUUAACACUGGGAGCAAACAGGGAAUGACUAAUCCUCCCGGAAACACGGCCUACAACGCAUCUAAGGCUGCGGUCAAGUCUUUGACCGAAGGUCUCGCGCAUGCUUUGCGGCACCACCCGAGUUCUGGAGGAUCCCUCAGUGCCCAUCUCUUUGUGCCCGGAUGGACUUUCACUGGCAUGACCGGUGCCAAUGCUGGAGCGGACAAGCCAGCCGGAGCCUGGACAGCCGACGAGACUGUCCGCUACAUGCUUCCGCGCGUCGCUGCUGGCGAAUUCUACGUGCUGGUUCCGGAUGGGGAGACCACUACUCACAUCGACCAGCUGCGGAUUAUGUGGGCUGCGGCGGAUGCAGCCCAAGGACGCCCUGCGUUGAGCCGCUGGCACCGCGACUACAAAGCUCUCUACGACGAAUAUAUGCGAGAGGGCCUGGCGCUCGCAGAAGGUGCUUGAGUGUGAGCGAUCGCACGCUGACACCGGCAAAGGCCCCCGUCGGGUUCACGGACAAUCAAUGUCAAAUUCAGAUCUAGAUAAAAACUCCCAGUCUGUUGUCGCUACGUCGUUGUUUGUAUAAAUCGAAUGGAAUUGAGGUUUAGGAUGCUCACA